AUGGCCUCCUUUGCGUCCGUCAACCACCCACCUUUCGCAUAUGACCCCAGCUGCAAGCCGACCAAAAGCAUCUUGAAGCAGAAAUCUCGAUUGUCCCGUUCCUCCUCCUCAUGGCUUUCCACCAUCAACUCGAGACUUUCCACUGCUUCCAUGAAUUUUGGUGCUGUCACAGCCGACUCUCCUAAUAACAGCAGUAGUAGUAGCAAUAAUAAUAAUAAUAGUAUACCACCAUCCCUCGUUACCAAUAGCAACAACAGUAAUAACGAUAAUAACGAUCCACAGCAACAAGUCCAAGCUCAGGAACCAGCACCGGCACGAUCAUUAUUCAACUUUAAAAAAUUCAUGAAUGCCAACAACAAUAAUAGCGACAACAACAGCAUUUCCUCUUUCAACUCGUUACAAGACUCACAUUCACUCGACACAGAUGAACUUGCUCCCGACGAACUCAAACGAGUUCGGUUUUCGGUCAAGCAGUUAACGACAGAAUACUAUCCUUAUCGUGCGCCAACGCCACCGCCACCUGCUGCUGCUGCUACUGCCAAAGAAAGUGAGGACGGUGACGACAAACAGGAAGAAGUAAAAGGCGACGAUGAUGAUGACGAUGAUGAACCAAGCACAGCAGGGUCAGUCGAUGCUCCUGAACUUACUGAAAAUGCGGCAGCACUACUAUUGUCCGACAGUUCUAAACCAAAGGACGACGACGACGACGGCAGUGGCGGCGAUGGUGAUGCCAAACUCCAAAAGGCCGCCUUGUGUGACAAUAAGAAAAAGACACCAACCGAACUGUAUGAAAUUGCGUGCAGAAAUAAGGAGGAAAUGCCUUUGCCAGCCUUUAUUAUAAAUUUGAGUCGGUCCGCUUUUUUGACGAAAAUCGAUCUUUCAAACCAGGCUAUGAACCGUCGGGUGGUAGAACCAAUUGCGGAUGUAUUGGGAUCGGGUUUUGACUUGCAAGAGCUUAUCUUGAAAAAUUGUGGAUUGGAGGAUGAUGCUCUCAAAGUGCUACUUUACACACUAUUGUUGAAUGAUACGCUGCGACAUCUCAACUUGGCAGACAACAAGAAACUCAAAACAACCGGUUUCAAAUAUAUCGCCAUCUAUGUCAAAGGUUCCCACCACCUUGAACAUCUUGAUUUAUCAAGGACCAAUCCUGACAAAAAAGCAAUCCAGUAUCUUGCACAGGCGCUCACUGCUUCCCCAACCGCAGAAACUUCAUCUUCACCUUCAUUAAAGCGACUCUUGUUGGAUGGCUGUUUAUUGAAACCACAAUCCCUUGAAGUGCUUGCAUCAGGUGUACGCAAAUCACCGAAUUUACGACAUAUAUCCUUGCAAAGCAACAGAAUCAACAAUCAAGGCGCAAUCUGGUUAGGUGUCAUGUUGCGUGACUAUGAUAGUCCGGAAAACAUCAAGGGAUUGGAGUACAUGAACUUGAAUAACAAUGAUAUCCGUCAAGGUGUUCAGUAUAUUGCACAAGCGUUGCGUCGAAAUCGGAGCUUAACAGAACUGCAUUUACAUGAUUGCAAAUUGGAUCCCAAGGCCUGUGCUUUUAUUGGCGAAGCAUUGAAAUAUAAUCAAGCAUUGGCCAAGUUGGAUAUUAGUGCAAAUAGUUUGGUUCAACCUAGUGCCGAAGGAAUUCUCGCUAUCAAACAAGCGCUUUAUGUAAAUUGGAAGCUGAAGGAACUGAACAUGUCUGGAUCUGGUUUGGGAUCAGAAGCUGCCAUUUAUCUCGCCGAGUGCCUUCCUGAAAAUCGAUCAUUGCUUCGCUUGGAUCUUUCAAAGAACUUGGGCAUUGAUCUUGCCGGUAUGUUGGCCUUGUCAGCCUCUGUGCGGAUCAAUGAUACACUGACAUUUUUGGAUGUCAAUAUUCCACCAAAUGAUCGCGAAAUGGCAAGGACUCAAGGUGAUAUUGUUGCAAGAUGUACCAAGAAUGCCCAGAAUGUGUCAUCAUCAAAUGAACAACAACAGCGAGGACAGGAACAGGAUCAACGAAAGGAAGUUCAACGUACGGGAUCCCAAAGCUCUUUGGAUCCAAAUGCUAUGGUUACAACCGCCCAGUCCACAGCACGAUUGACGUUGCAAGAACGGUUGGCAGCUGUUACCCGUGGCAAAUCGAGCCCAGCUGUCAAUAGCAACAACACUAUUAAGCCAACGCUAGCAGAAAAUGCCAAGGCCACUACUCCUCCUCCCCAACAACAACAACAACAACAACAGCAAAAGAAGAAAUCAAUUGUUGUAGAUGCAGAAAUGGUGACUACGGCUACCACCCAAGUCAGUUUGUUUGAGGAUAUGCUCAAAGCAGAAGCGAGUCAACGAGAUGAAGUGAUGGAUGCUGUGCAGCCACCGGGAGAUGUAAUCCGGCAAGUGUAUGGACAAUGUCGAAAAUCGCAAACUGUGAUCAGCGCACACAUUCCUAAAGUGACAGACGAUGAUGAACUGGCUCAACUUUUGGUAUUGAAUGAUCGUUUGACUACAGCUAUCAAUCGAUAUCAACAACUUUUCUCGGCAGAAACAACCACAGCUACUACUACUCCAAACCCAGCAGGAGAAGAAGAACUGCAGCAUCAACAGCAGGAGCAGCACCAGGAGCAGCACCAGCAGCAGCCGGAAUCUGCUAUGGAAACAACCAAGAAUGAAUCCAAAUUAGAGGAGGGCAGUAGCGUGACCACAUCAUCUAGCUUUCUCUUAGAAGGCACUGAGCCACCAUUGUCAACUUCAUUCGAAAUUGGGGACGUGGAUGAAGACGAUGAUGAUGAUAUGGUUCCAAUGCGACAUCCGUCACCUGGAAUCGAAAGUCAAUAA